AUGUGGGCAGAGGCAGAAGUCGUCACUGGCGUCGAUGCUGCCCUUGCUAGGAAGAUGACGACGACGUCUUCGAUGCAUGCGCAACGAAUGUGCGCAGCCAUCAGUAGUAGAAGCAAGGAUGAGAAGAGAGUGGUUGGUGGCGGGUCGGUCGGGGGAAUGGCUGGCCGCGCGCUCCUCUCCUUGCCUAGCUGGUGGGGCGAAGAGGCGAGUUGUGUGAGCGUCGAGAGCGAGUCCUUCGAGGAGGCACACAACACUCACACCGACCGACCUGCUGCUGCUGUCGGUUUGUUGCCUCCGACGAAUGCUGUUGGUGCUUGUUGCUCCGAUCAAUGCUGA